UUUGAAAUACAUUUUCCUGUUUGAAGACCAGAGACGAUCUCUCUGGCACACAGAGGGAAGAUGAAGCUUCCCAUAUGUGUGCUCCUUGUGCUAUUUGCUUCUGAAAUCAGAGCUUUUGACGUAUUUAUAGAAGAGGAUCCUGAUUCUGCUGACCUCAAUGACUUUCUGGAAGAGUUGCAGUCCAACAUCGGGGAAAGAAUUAGGAGGAGUGCAAACGGUGAAGAUGAAGGACAAGAGGUUCUUUCAACGGAUUCAGUCACCCUAUACAGCUAUAAAGUUGAAUCCACCAUCACAUCGCAUUUUGCCAAUACCAUGAUAAAAAGCAAAGUUGUGAAUAAUGCCAAACAUGCACAGAACCUUGUGUUUGAUAUCCAGAUUCCUAAAGGAGCUUUCAUCAAUAACUUUACUAUGAAUGUCAACGGAAUCACGUUUAGUGGAUCAAUUAAGGAGAAGACAGUAGCAAGAAAUUUGUAUUCUAAGGCGAGGGCAAGAGGCAAGGCAGCUGGAUUAAUGAGGACCAAUUCUCUUGAUAUGGAAAACUUUAAAGCUGAGUUGAAUGUGCCCAGUGGGACCAAGGUUGAGUUUGAAAUCCAUUACCAAGAAAUCAUCCGUCGGAAUUUGGGAGUUUACGAGCACGUCCUAUAUCUUCAGCCUGGUAGACUGGCAAAACAUUUUGAGGUGGACGUCUAUAUCUCCGAGCCGCAGGGGAUUAGCUUUGUGAAUGUGCCAAAAACCAUUACGCCAGAAUUUGCAAGCCUUAUACACACUACCAAAGGUGAUAAGAAGGCUCACAUUUCUUUCAAGCCAACUGUGGAUCAGCAGCGUUCAUGUAAUGUUUGUUCCACUACAGCUGUAGAUGGGAAGCUUGUGGUGAAAUACGAUGUCCAAAGAGAACAAAGCACCAAUCUUCAGGUGUUCAACGGUUAUUUCCUCCAUUUCUUUGCUCCUGAGAACUUGCCUCCUCUUCCAAAGAAUAUUUUGUUUGUUAUUGAUGUCAGUGGUUCAAUGUGGGGGCUGAAGAUGAAACAGACAGUUGAAGCCAUGAAAACUAUUUUGGAAGACCUGCGUCCUGAUGACCAAUUCAGCAUUAUUGAUUUCAACCACAACAUUCGAUGUUGGAAAGAUGAGCUCGUUUAUGCUUCUACCGUUGAAAAAGAAGAUGCUAAGCAAUAUAUCCAAAGAAUUCAACCAAAUGGAGGUACCAACAUCAAUGAGGCUCUUCUCCGAGCAAUAUUUAUAUUGAAAGAAGCCAGCAAUCUCGGGAUGUUGGAGUCUAACUCAGUCUCUCUAAUUAUUUUGGUGUCAGACGGUGAUCCCACUGUGGGUGAACUGAAAUUAUCCAAAAUUCAGAAGAACGUGAAGGCAAAUAACAGAGAUGACUUCUCGCUACACUCCCUCGGUAUUGGAUUCGAUGUGGACUAUGAUUUCUUAGAAAGACUGUCCCAAGAGAAUAAUGGAAUGGCUCAAAGGAUUUAUGGAAACAAGGACACUGCUUCGCAACUAAAGGAAUUCUACAGAAAAGUUUCCACUCCUCUACUUAAGAACAUUAUCUUUAACUAUCCAUUGAAUGGCAUCACAGAUGUGACUCAGAACAGUUUUCACAAUUAUUUUGGAGGAGACGAGAUUGUUGUAGCUGGUAAAUUGAAACCUGAAAGUGUGUCACCCUUACAAAGCAUGGUCCAAGCCACUUCUGCAAAUGCAGAUCUACUUUUUGACACCAUAACCGAAGUGGAAGCUCUUAAUGAAUUCUUUGCAGAGACUAAGCAUGCAUUCCCUGACUUUGCCAAGCAAUACUGGGCCCAGCUUACAAUAAACCAGCUUUUAGCUGAGAGGAACAUGGCUUCUACAGCUGAGGGGAAGAGAAACAUUACAAGGUCAAUCCUUCAGCUAUCCAUUGAUCACCACUUCGUUACCCCAUUCACCUCCCUGCUGAUAGAGAGUGAAAAUGGAAACGAGAGGAUGCUGGCCGAUUCUCCAAAAGACCCCAGAGGAGGCUGCUGUCAAACUUUGAUUUUAGGUAAAACAGUUCAGUCUCAGCCUAUGCAGUCAUUCCUUUUAUCAACACCAGUACCGGCUUCUGAAGCUCAAGAGGCUGCCACGCAUAUAAUGAUUAUCAGCAAAUCUGCAAUGGAAUCACAAAUGCAGCUCGGAAUAACGGAGCCAAUUCCAGAGGCAAAGAAAAUUGUUAGAGUUGAUGGCGAUCCACAUUUCAUCAUAAGUUUGCCAGUAAGUCAACUAGACGUCUGCUUUAAUAUUGACUCUCAACCUGGGACUAUGCUAAACUUGGUAUCAGAUCCUGAAUUAGGCAUUGCAAUGAAUGGGAAAAUAAUUUCUGCCAAAAAGGUCAAAGAUGGAAAACUGGACUCCUAUUUUGGCACAAUUGGCAUGUAUUUUAAGCAGCAGAACAUGAAGAUUGAGAUCAGCACAGAGAAAAUAACUGUGAAAGAUGAGUCCUACAGCCGCGUAAUGUCCUGGUCUGAGUCCAGCAGUAUGAUGAUCAAUAGUCUCACUCUGAGUGUAAAGAAGAACAGCAAUAUCACCAUUACAGUGAAUGAACAUCUGUCCUUCCUGGUUGUAUUGCACCGUGUCUGGAAGAAUCACCCUGUCAAUGUAGACUUCCUUGGUCUAUAUGUUCCUUUUAAUAGCAAGUUCUCCACUUCCGUUCAUGGCUUAAUAGGCCAGUUUAUGAAUGAACCAGAAGUCAGUAUCUAUGACACGAGACCUGGAACGGACUCACAGAAGCCUAUAGCCACAAUGAACGUUAAAGGCGAGACUCUUACUGUCACAAGAGGUAUGCAGAAGGAGUAUCAGUCGAACAAUGUUUUAGGAACCAAUGUCCCUUGCUGGUUUGUACACAACAACGGGAAAGGUUUCAUUGAUGGACAUUACAAGGACUACAUUGUCCCACAUCUCUACAGCUUCCUUAAGCGCCCUUGAAGUGGUUUACCUGCUAAGAAAAAAAGGGAAGGAAGAAAUAAAGAAUUCUAUUUUAUUGUAUGCCUAUUUCAUAGGGUAAAUGUUUCCUAAAUAUACAUAACCAGCCUUAUAUAAAACAGCGUGCAACGUAUAAGCUAUGAAUAUAUUUCUAGAAGGAGCCUCCAUGUUUCAAAUUGAAAUGCCAAACAACUUAGACUCCUGUGUCUGAGUGUAGCUCGUGACCCUCUACCAAUUAGAGGUCAAGGAAAGAGUGGUCUAUCAUAUUCACUGAACUGUAUACACUUCCAAUCAAUAUUAAUAAACAUAGCAACGUUGUGUGA